GGCCCCCUGAGGGAGCAGUGGAGGUGCAGGUCGGAGAGGCCGUGCCCCGCGCGUGAGCAGCAGCAGCGGCGGCGGCAACAUCCAGCGGCGGUGCCAGCAGUUCCAGCCCGUGGCUUUACUUUUUUAGCUACACGAACAUAGUCAUUAUGCCGAAGAGAAAGUCUCCAGAGAAUACAGAGGGCAAGGAUGGAUCCAAAAUAACUAAACAGGAGCCCACAAGACGGUCUGCCAGAUUGUCAGCGAAACCCGCUCCACCAAAACCUGAACCUAAAGCAAGAAAAACAUCUGCUAAGAAAGAACCUGGAACAAAGACUAACAAAGGUGCUAAAGGGAAGAAGGAGGAGAAGCAGGAAGCUGGAAAGGAAGGUACUGCACCAUCUGAAAAUGGUGAAACUAAAGCUGAAGAGAUCCACAUCUAUCGCUCAACUGUUAGUGUCUCAACCUCCAGAGGUACCCCACCCAGCACACUGUCAGGAAAGGGGCAGGUUGAAACAGUGAGAGUUAAGGGCACAGAAAACUGAAUCUGUAGAUAACGAGGGAGAAUGAAUUGUCAUGAAAAAUUGGGGUUGAUUUUAUGUACCUCUUGGGACAACUUUUAAAAGCUAUUUUUACCAAGUUUUUGUAAAUGCUAAUUUUUUAGAACUCAACUAGUUGGCAUACAAAAAUAUAUAAGGAUGGACAUUUUACCGUCUUAUAAUACAUCUUUUUGGAGAUUUCCAUCAUCCUCAAGUUAAAUAAAUUUAAUAUUGGAAGCUGUGUAUAAAAUUGAUUCAGCAUUCCAUGCAUUCGCUUUAAAAACUUAGUCCUGUGCAUACUGUGGUGUUUUUACUGUGCAUAUUUGAAUUUUUCAUGCAGUUUUUCUAGAGCAAUAAUCAGUGGUGCUUUUGUACCUAGGUCUAUGUGAUUUUAAUGAAACAUGGGUAGUUGUGGCCACCUGCUGACUAUUUGUGGUUUAAAAUAAAAAGGUGUUCUUGCCUGCAAAA